CCCAUCAUUAAUUCCACGAUCUUAAUCAUGAGUGUCCAAGACCUUGCUCGUUCCCUCGCUGCUGCUGGUUCAAUCAAGCUUUCAGGUGAUGAAGGUGAAGGGAUUUACGUCCUAAGUGUGAGGGACGGAGACCUCGUCGAGAAGCACUGGGUGGGAGACACAGUAGAAGACGAGAAUGUCAUUGCUUCAGGCGUAAGGAAUGAUACUUCGGCUUCAUAUCUGCCCAGCUCCGAGCAAAUGCCCCGCCUUGUUAUUUUCAUUGACCAGGAGAAUUCUGUUCGAUGCUAUGCAUACGACGAGGAUAUGGAAGAGUGGGAAGAGACGCCACUGGGUGACAAAUGGAACAUAACGGCCAGCCCAAAGAGUAAGCUGAGUGCAAUCAUCGGCCCAGAGGGAGAUAUGGUAGUCUCUUACCAGGACGAAACCGACCAGCUAUCCGUCGUAAUGGGUGCGGGUGACGGAUGGACCUUUUUCGGACCCCUUGAGUGCAAUCCCAUGGUGGGAACACCCCAGUGCCUUGAGAUUAUUAACGAUGAGCUUCAUCUCUUCUACGUCGAGGAGGGAUUCGGGAUUGGUGACCUCAUUUUUAACUCCAGUACCAGCAGCUGGCAAGUAACCAAUAUACUUAAAAACACCAAUUUCAGCACUGCUAUCGAUAAUUUUAGCGUUGCCGAAGACCUCGAAACUGGCUCUCUCCAGAGCUACUUCCUUACUGGUGGCUCCUUGUGGAAUAUCAGUGGAGAAAAAGAGAAGACCUUCUUGGGCGAAGUGAACGAUGACGGCAAACUUAUUCCUUCAGGCAGAGCACAGGCGGGAUGGAGGGUUAAAUGGAAAGGAGCUCGGAAAUUGGAACAUAUGUUUACUGGAUUUGUAACAAUCGGCCUCCCGGUGUAG